AUGAUGCAGCAAGCUGCUGCAACCUCCUUGGAUUCUGAUCCAAUUGCCAUUCUAUCCUCGACUGAGUCCACAUACUCGAUGGUUUUCGGUAUGGCAGUCGAUGACAGCAUCUGCCGAUUUGAAUCGCAUCCUGACCCGACGCUACCGGACCUGGCCACCAUCUCUCGGACUGUUGUGCUGCAUCCAAACUUAUUGUGCAAUCAAUCCACACCUCCCGAUGCCGUCUAUCUGAAGUUUGGCAUCAAUGUUGUGGUCAGUGACCUCACCGACGACCUCAAUGAAUACACAUACGUGGCCUCGGGGUCGGUGCAACGCCUUCUGAGACGGGUAAAGAAAAUAUCAAGAAUGAGGACACCUGUAGCGGAGCUGCACAGCUCUUCAGCCAGAGGAAGACUUUAG